AUGAAUCAUGAAACCAGCGUGGGCGAAGUUGCUUCCCUAGCUAUGGCUGCUGUCAUUUUCGCUCAAGUGAAGUACCCAAGGCUAGAAUUCCCUUCGCCGAUUCAUCUCCUUUGGGUUUCUCUUUCUAAUAUAGCAGUUAAAGCGCCAUUCAGCAGCUGUUGCUUGACAUCGAGACUUUAUAACGGGAAGGAUCCAGCCUGGAAACGGCUGGAGGCUGAGGCAAGCUGA